AUGAAAAAUCAUAAAGUACGCGAAGUAAAUAAAUUCACUGUAGUUUUGGAAUAUGCUGAACGUGGUACGUUAAAUUUUUAUUUGAUUGAAGUGAAAAUAUCAGUUAGCAUUUCAAUUAGCAAGCGCUGUGGUUGUGGUGUCAUUUCAUCGAGAUUUGCCCUCAGUCAUGUUGCUUUCUCAGCUCCUUCUUCUAUUGAGAGACACUCAAGCUUGAUGAAAAGGCAAUCAUCGAGUGCAGAUUCAACGUGGAUUGCUUCUGAUGAGAAACACGCAAGCUUGUUUAAAAGGCAAUCAUCGAAAACUGCUUCAAAGAAGGUUGCUAAAUCUUCUAAUGGGGAAGCAGAUCUCCCAAUGAUGUAA